AUUUUUGGUUGGAAAGACCGCUUCAUUUUCGAGUAUACCUAGUGUUUGCUAGCUGCUGGCCAUGGAUCAAUCAUUGCUAGAUUUGGUCCUGCGGCGUUUAGUGAUGCUAAAGGCGCCAAAGGCACUGAUUAUGGUGCUGUUGAUGCUGACAUGGCUGGACUUCGUGGACAUAGAAAACAAUAGCCGCCAGUUCCAGUGCUUGGAGUUCUUUGCCGGCGUUGGCCGAAUUGGCCGCUUAGCCCAUAGCCGUGGAUACCGGUCGGCCUGUUAUGAUAUCCAAUUCGAUCCGUUGGCGCAGGAAGCAGGAGAACCUUCUUCCUCUUCAAGCAAACGGGCUCCCUCUUCUUGCAGAGGGAAGAAGGGGUCAGGGACCGCGAUGGACUUUGGGAGCGAUGGUGGGUCUACCGCCAGGCUUUCUGGAUGUCCUUCUGGGGACACGACUAUAUGAAGAGGACAGUGCUGUGGUCAACCUCCAGAAUCAUUGGGACUUUCAAUAAAGGGAAGCUGUCCGCAAAAAAACACGGGCCCACCAAAACCAAAACUGUGGUUCGCUACCGAAACCGCAAUGGGCGCAUGGCCUACAAGGGUUCGAAAACUUUGAAGGGUACACAGAAACUUGUUGACACCAGUCGCCCUUUUGUGGAAAUCUUCAAGGAGAUGGAAUUCGACGACUGGUGGGAUGAAGCUGAAGAAAAUGCAUUUUGCCACCAGACUUCAGCGCCACCGCCACCCUCACGAGCGGAGCCUGCGCCAGCUUUGCCGCCUGAUUCUUCUGGUCCUGGUGCUGACAGCUCGGUGCCAGCUUCGGGGGCCAGUCAGGAGAGUUCUUUCAUGGAGACCCAGGUGGAUGAAACCCCACUUCCCAAGAAACCUUCCUUCAUCGAUUUGGAGGAUGACGAUGAGAAAUUCUCUGAGGUGCCACAGGAUGCCCAGACUCCAUUUACUUAUCAGGCACGUACCCCGUACUAUUCCCCGCCGAAGGAUGAUGAUCAUGAUGACUCUCCCAUGGAGGAUACAUCCUCGAAGGAGGCCGAGGUUGAAGCCAGGGCCGACCCCUCCAAGGAGGAUGCCGUAGCCAAAACUCUAGAGUUUCCAAAUGAAGAGCCGCAUGAACCCGUCACCCAGGAGGAUGCCGUAGCCAAAGCUUUAGAGGUUGAAGGUGAAAAGCCACAUGAACCCGUCACCCAGAGAGCCGACAGGUUGGUUGCCCCAUACGUGAUCGCCAAACCCACCAAAAGGCCUGGGGUAGAAUUGAGCCAGGGUGCGAUCUACAAACGGAUGAACCGAAUUUUCACACCGAGAUCUGAUGGGACAUAUUUGGUGGAUGAAGAGUUUGUUCGCAAGUGGAAAAAUUUAGACACCCGUGACGAGCUCAACAUCUUAUUUGAGAAGUGCGACUACCAACCCGAACAAUUUAUUCGGCGAUGUCGCCGUAUCACGCAGGAGAUUGACGAAUCGUGCUUGGAUGUGGAACACCAGUUCCUGACUGUAGGGGAUAUGGAGGAGAAAGGGUACUCGCAGUCGAAAAUCGAUGGCAUCAAGGAGUUCUGCAAGCAAGAUGCUUCGCUGACCAGGAAGUCAAAGUACGGUGGCGGUGACAUGUAUUGGGUCGAAGUUGCCAUCAAAGGCAAUGAGAGGCAUAUCCGCCGCAAUCUCCUCGAGAAGGAGCUGCAGUGGGACGAGAAGGCGAAGGACAAGGAUGACCUUAGGACACUGGGCACAUCGUUGGCCAAUCCCACUGAGGCUUUGCGUGAUUUGGAUGAUUCGGCCGCUCAUGGGGCCGUUCCCAUGACCCCGGUUGCUGCUGUGAACACGGACAUCGUGAAGGCUUUGAGGCAAACAGGCUUUCCCGAUGUUGAAUCCAAAGCUACCCCGUCAUCUUUGGCAACAAAGGUCAUUGCCACCAUUCAAAAGAGGUUGAACAAAUUGGAGGAAAUGGCAGGGAAGAUCACAGAUGUUGCAGCACCUAGUCGAACGGACCUCAUGAAUAAGAUGCUGGAAAAGAUCGUCAACAUCAAGAAUCUCUUGAGCAGCCAGCUGGACACCCUGAACGAUCUCUACAGUAGGGGGAUUGAAAAUGAGAUGAAGGAGACCAUGCUCAGCGCCAGGAAGUCGAUCAUCUCUGAUUUUGAACGACUUCGCCAGAAGCGCCUCGCUGAUGAAGCUCGAAAUUCUGGACCGCCCAACAAAAGGCCAAAAUGCAAGCCCAGACCUAAGCCGCAGCCUAAGGCCACGGCCACUUCCAUUGCCCGAUCAGUUCAGGCUCGUCGAGAAGAGGUUCAUGGAAGUGCAGCCUCGAAAACGGAUGAUCGGGUCAAGUGGAACGCAACACGGAAUAUCACUCGCAUGCUGAACCGGGCCGGUAUGGCCAUAGAAGUACCAAGGGAAAUUUUGAAAUAUGAAAUUCAAGAUGGAUCUGUUAUUGAGCUCCCUGUUGUCAAGCCUAGUUCUUGGUUGCAAUUGAUUUUGAAAAAGUAUCCAGAGCUGCUCUUUCCUCAAAACAACAUGGAAGAGGAGCUGCAAGUGUUCUGGAACCAUUACAGGUUCAUCCAACCCAACCACGAAAUUUUCAAAUCACCACCGGAGCAGUUGAAACGAACAUUGCCGAUUUUAGUUCAUGGCGACGAAGGCGUUGGCCGCGACCUGGUGGGCUCAACUCUGGU